CUGGGUUAGUUACCUGGCGGGUGGCAUGGCUGAACCGGCAAGUGGUUUCGUGACUCCCACCGGGUGGUUUCCAGCUCCCGAGCUGACUCCCACGUCGGGGCCUCUGAGCGACAGUGCCUCUCUGCCGAACAACUGGAUGCUCUGGGCCAUGCUGCCGCCGCCACCGCCGCCUUCGUCGCCUCUCGCAGCAGGGUCCGAGCCUUCCGCAAAGGCGCAGCCCACUGUAGAGGCCCAGGCUCUCCCCAAGGCGCCUCCCCACUUGGACGCCCAGAUUCUUCCCGGGGCGCAGCCCUCCUUCGUCGCUCAGUUGCCUCUUAAUUCUCAGCCUCAACUCAAUGGCCAGCCUUCCUGGAAUUUCCAAGCUUCGACAUCAUGGUACUGGACUCAGUCUCCGGGUGUCUUUCCUCAGCAUCAGAAGUCCCACAACACUCCAGUUAAACAUUCUUAUUUUCCACGAAGACAUGAUGCAGAUGCCAAUAACUUCAACAACUUCUCUCCCAGGAGAAAACAGAAAAAAAAGAAAAGAAAGGAACCAGUUUUUCACUAUUUUUGUGAUACCUGUGAUCGUGGUUUUAAAAAUCAAGAGAAGUAUGAUAAACACAUGUCUGAACAUACAAAAUGUCCUGAAGUAGAUUGCUCUUUUACUGCACAUGAGAAGAUUGUCCAAUUCCAUUGGAAAAAUAUGCAUGCUCCUGGUAUGAAGAAAAUCAAGUUAGACACUCCAGAGGAGAUUGCAAGAUGGAGGGAAGAAAGAAGAAAAAACUAUCCAACUCUGGCUAAUAUUGAAAGGAAGAAAAAGUUAAAACUUGAAAAGGAAAAGAGAGGAGCAGUGUUGACAACGAUGCAGUAUGGCAAGAUGAAGGGGAUGUCCAGACAUUCACAGAUGGCAAAAAUCAGAAGUCCUGGCAAACAUCACAAAUGGAAAAAUGGCCAUGCUGGACAGAGAGCAGCCAAUGGGUCAGGCAAUCCCUUGUGUGAUUCAAACCUUGAAGGUCCACCUGAAGCAAAUUCAGACCCUCUGGGUGUUUUGGUAAACACUGAUUCUGAGUCUGAUAAAGAGGAGAAACCACAAAGUACUGUCAUACCCAAGGAAGUGACGCCAGCCCUGUGCUCCCUAAUGAGCAGCUACGGCAGCCUCUCAGGGUCAGAGAGUGAGCCAGAAGAAGCUCCCAUCAAGACUGAGGCAGACGUUCUGGCAGAAGACCAGGUUCUUCAUAGCAAUAAUACUCCUAAGAAACCAAGUCAAGAUGUUAAAGCAACUGUUAGAAAUUUCUCAGAAGCCAAGUAUGAGAGCCAAAAGAAAAGUUUUAAAAAGACAAAUCCUAAGAGGAAAAACAAGUAUCACAACUAUCAAACACUAUUUGAACCAAGAACACACCAUCCAUAUCUCCUGGAAAUGCUUUUAGCUCCGGACAUUCGACAUGAAAGAAAUGUGAUUUUGCAGUGUGUUCGGUACAUCAUCAAAAAAGACUUUUUUGGACUUAAUUCUAAUUCUGUGAAAACUGAAGAUGUAUAGGUGUCUGAUGUUUUAGCACAUAUAACCGAAGCAUGUAAAAUAGUAACACCCUCAAGUUUGUAGAGGAAAACCUUUUUUUAAAAAAAAUGGAUUAGUAAUUAAUCGUAAGCCUCAUGGGAUAUUAUGUUGAAUUUUCAAGUCUUCUCUUUGAUGCUAUGCAAAUAAAUAUGUAACUGAUUUUUAA